AUGAACCAGAGCACAAGAAUAUGGUCACCCCAUGGUCACAAAAUCACAGAUCUGACCAUCAUUCUGGUCGGCAAGGAGAAUGAGAAGGCCUUCAAAUGUAUCAAGGAGUCGAUAUUCUUGGAUGCGAGCGGCGGCUGUGAGGCAACGAUCAAGCUCAAGUCGAACGUCCAAGCCCACUGGCGGGGCCACACUCAAUGUGGCAUCCACGGUCCACGCGGACUACCUAGUGAGGUCGCCGACGCUUGGCUUCGCAAGAUGCACGACAAGGGCGAGACAGAAGCUAGUGUCUACGCGAAUGAUGCGCCCCACUCGAUGGCCCGCCACGUCGCAAGCAUGUUGCGAGGCGUAUCUGUGCUUGAGGCUCUGAGCGCAUUCCACAGAAUUGAGCGGGAGGCAUUCCAGCGUGCGGGAUGA